AUGCCGCCCACAACACGGACCGCGGCUGCAUCCCGCCCUCGAACGCUGACCGAGCGCCCGCUCGACGUAUUGUACCUCGCCUACUUCGGCAUCCACCUUUUCGCUUCGCUUGCCAUCGAUGCGCAACUGACCUUCCCACCAUACUCGCAGCGGCUGUUCCCCGAGCCACUGCGCAAAGUGCUGCAGGAUUAUUUGACGAGCUCGAAAGAUCCGUUCCUGCUGGCUGCGGAGCGCGCGUCGCCGGAGCAUGUGUGGUUUCGAGUCCUGCUGGCGAGCGAGACGGUGUUCCAGAUCCCGUGCUUUGUGGUUGCAAUCUGGGGCCUGUUGAACGAUGAGAAGAGAACAUACCCGCUCAUGGUGUGUUAUGGAACGCUGGCUGCUUCUUCAACGCUGCAAUGUAUCUGCAGCGUGCUCUUCGGCUCGGACGGUCGCUCGCUCUCGUCAAGUCAGAAAGCUGGUCUACUUCAAAACUAUGUGCCGUUCUGCCUGAUCCCUACGCUGCUCACUGUGGACAUGAUGUUGCGUAUUGUUGGGCUGUUGGCGCCAUCACCACCGUCGGUAGUGGUGAAGGACGGUGCGAAGGACAAAUGA